AUGAUCAACAUACAGGCGGCCUUACCUAAGGAGCAGUUUGAGCAAUUGCUGCUGUAUUUGCGGAGCUCGAGCUGGCUUGUACUGUUCCGAGAUUUCGUUUGCUUCAUUGUGGUUUGCCGCUAUUUGCGCGUAAUUGAGCAUUAUCUCAUUACAUAUGGUGUGAGUGGAUCCAUUCACCGCUUAUACAGAGCAGUUGCCGGUGAUUUCGUGGCUUCCACUAUGCAGUUGCCGCUAGUGCGCGGUGCUGUACAAAAGCAGGUUGAUAAAGCUCUAGACGAAAUCGAUAGCAAAUUUGUUCACCGAAACGGACUCCCAAUUCACCAUGAAAUUCCUGAAAAGGCCAUAAACCCCAAAGAAAUUUCCCACAUUAUGAAGACUUUGGACACAAUUAAGCGGUCCGAUUGGGAGAAUGGCCGCCUGUCAGGUGCUGUCUACCAUGGCGGACAUGACCUUCUAGAGCUGCAAACAAAAGUGUACGGUCAGUAUACUGUUGCCAAUCAGUUGCAUCCUGAUUGUUUUCCUGCAGUUAGACACAUGGAUGCUGAGGUUGUUUCUAUGGUUCUGGAUCUGUAUAACGGACCCCAAGGUUCCUGUGGCACCAGUACCAGUGGUGGUACUGAAUCUUUGCUUUUGACUUGCUUGGCGGCUCGAGAAAAGGCCAAAGCUGAACGAGGUGUUACUGAACCUGAGAUCAUUGCACCAGUAACCAUUCAUGCCGGUUUUGAUAAAGCCGCGUACUAUUUUGGAAUGAAACUGAUUCAUGCCCCAGUCGACAAAAAGACAGGCAAGGUGUCACUCAAAGCAGUGGAGAAAUUAAUUGGUCCCAAUACGGUUUUACUUGCUGGUUCGGCUCCUAAUUUCCCUCAUGGCAUUAUUGAUGAUAUUGAGGGAUUGAGCAAAAUUGCUUUGAAGCACAGACUUCCGUUACAUGUCGAUGCUUGUCUAGGCUCUUUUAUCGUUCCUUUCCUUAGAGAUCUUGGCGUUGAUGCUCCACUGUUCGAUUUCCGCGUUCCUGGUGUUACUUCGAUUUCUUGUGACACCCACAAGUAUGGGUUUGCUCCUAAAGGAUCAUCGGUUAUUAUGUACCGUACUGCGGAGUUGUGUCAUUACCAGUAUUUUGUUUCCGUCGACUGGUCUGGUGGUCUUUAUGCCUCGCCUACCCUGGCGGGAUCCAGACCCGGUGCGUUGAUGGCUGGGUGCUGGGCAACCCUGCUUUACAUGGGUAAGGAUGGCUAUCGUGAAACUGCGAGAGCAAUUGUGUCUUCUGCUCAAAAAUUGAAGACGGCAUUGCGUACGCACCCCGUCUUGGCGGAAACCCUUUCGGUGAUCGGUGACCCCCUCGGAUCUGUAGUCGCAUUCCAAUCCAAGAAGGUGAAUGUGUACGAUCUUAGUGACACCAUGUCCAAGAAAGGCUGGCACCUGGCGACGCUGCAGAAUCCAGCAUCUGUCCACCUAGCUGCGACCCGCUUGACUAUCGAGAGUAUCGACGAGCUAAUCGCUGAUCUAGUCGCUAGCGUUGAAACGUUGAUCUCCUCUGGAUCCGAAACGGUGAAGGACGGAACCAAAGCACUCUAUGGUGUAGCUGGCAGUGUGCAAACCGCCGGAAUUGCCAAAGCUUUGGCAACGGGCUUUGUAGACGCACUGUACAAAACGUAG